AUAAAAGUCUCGCAUUUGGGAGCUGCAGCAGCGGCGUCAUCAUGUUGUUGAAGGCUCGCCUGGAGCACGACACAGUCUACGGCCGUUGCCUGGCCACAUCGGAGGCAGUGGAGCGUGGCGAACUUGUCGUCGAGGAGUUGCCCUUCGCCUAUGGCCCCAAGCGUGAAAGUGGCAUUGUUUGCCUCGGCUGCUAUCGCUAUUUGCAGUUUGGUGAGGAUGGUGAUUCGCUGGAUCGCUGCGAGCUGUGCGACUGGCCGCUCUGUGGCAAUUGUGCAGAUGAUGCUAGCAGUGAUCAUCGGGGCGAGUGUCAGGUUUUCGGAACGGCACGUGUCACAUUUGCCGGCAAUGUUGGCGAGGAUGGCGUCUGUCCCCAAUUGGAUUGCAUAACACCAUUGAGAGUGCUGCUGGCAAAGGAGGCGCAACCGGAACGUUGGCUCAACGAGGUGGCGCCCAUGGAGCAUCAUGAGGAGGCACGUCGCGAGAAUGCCGAUAUUUGGCAUGCGGAUCGUGUGAAUAUAGCACAAUAUUUACGCGGUCCGUGCAAACUGGCCGAGCGCUUCAGCGAGGAGCUCAUCAUGCAAGUGGUCGGCGUGCUGGAAGUGAACGCUUUUGAGGCACGCACCAUCAACGGCUAUCCGCUGCGCUGUCUGUAUCCCUACACCGGCAUUCUGGCCCACAACUGUGUGCCGAACACGGCGCGAAGCAUUCAUCCCAGCGAGGGCUACAAAGUCCGCUUGCGUGCCAUGGUUGAUCUGGAGGCGGGUCAGCAAUUGCAGCACAGCUACACAUACACCUUGGACGGCACCGUCCAGCGGCAAGCGCAUCUGCAACAGGGCAAAUACUUUCGGUGCAGCUGCAAACGCUGCCUGGAUGCCAGCGAGCUGCAAACCCAUUUCUCCAGCUUGAAAUGUGGCCAAUGCACAGAGGGCUGGCUGCUGCCCAAACAGCCCACAGCCUUGGAGAGCAGCUGGCAGUGCAAUGCCUGUGACAACACAACCAGCAGCCAGGAUGUGCGUGAGAUUGUGGAGAACCUGCAGGCCGAGGUGAAUGGGGUGCAGGCGCUGGAGAUGGGUGCCAAGCGGCUGGAGGAAUCGGAGCGUUUGCUGCGCAAAUACAAAUCGCUGUUGCAUCCAUCGCAUUACAUUGCCACCGGAUUGCGGCAGCUGCUCAUCGAGAUGUAUGGACGGGUGCAGGGCUAUGAGAUGGUGCAGCUCUCGGAUCAGUUGCUCGAACGCAAGUCAUCACUGUGCCGCAAAGUGUUGCGGGUGCUGAACGUAUUUGAGCCCGGACUGAGUCGGUCGCGUGCCAUGAAUCUGUAUGAGCUGCAUGUGCCGCUGGUGCUGCUGGCCAAGAAUGGCUUCAUUGCAGGCACACUGAGUGGCGGCGAGUUGCGUGCUCGGCUGGUGGACGCCAUCGAUUUGCUCAAGGAGUGUGUGGACAUAUUGCAGCACGAGGAUCACGACUCGCAGGAGGGCAUCCUGUGUGGUGUGGCCAAACAGGCGCUAGAACAGCUCACGCUAAGCGUUGAGGGUCUUGGCAGCGAACUGGACUAAGUGGAAAAUCAAUAAAUUUGAACUUUUUGUGAAAAAACAAA